AUGGCUUCUCUGGCAGCGGCUCGCUACGGCAAGGACAAUGUCCGCGUGUAUAAAGUCCACCGAGAUGAAAAGACGGGUGUGCAGACCGUUGUGGAGAUGACCGUCUGUGUCCUGCUCGAGGGUGACAUUGAAACUUCCUACACCAAGGCCGACAACAGCGUCGUGGUAGCCACCGACUCGAUCAAGAACACCAUCUACAUCACCGCCAAGCAACAGCCCGUCACGCCCCCAGAGCUCUUUGGUUCCAUCCUCGGCACUCACUUCAUCGAAAAGUACCCCCACAUCCACGUUGCGCACGUCAACAUCAUCACCCACCGAUGGGUGCGCAUGAACAUUGACGGCAAGGCCCACCCUCACUCAUUUGUCAAGGAUAGCCCCGAGACACGCACUGUUCAGGUGGAUGUCACCGAGGGCAAAGGUAUUAACAUUGCCUCUUCCAUCAAUGGCCUGACUGUCUUGAAGAGCACCGGCUCUCAAUUCUGGGGCUUCCUCCGGGAUGAGUUCACCACGCUCAAGGAGACUUGGGAUCGCAUCCUGAGCACCCAGGUCGAUGCCAAAUGGCAAUGGCGCCGGUUCAAUAGCUUGCAGGAGGUCAAGUCAAAUGCGCAUAAAUUCGAUGGCGCCUGGGAGACGGCCCGGACCACCACGUUGAAGACGUUCGCCGAGGACAAUUCGGCCAGUGUCCAGGCGACCAUGUACAAGAUGAGUGAGCAGAUCUUGGCCGCCGUCCCUCUGGUGGAGACCGUCGAAUAUGCCUUGCCCAACAUCCAUUACUUUGAAAUCGACUUGAGCUGGCACAAGGGCCUCAAGAACACGGGCAAGGAUGCGGAGGUGUACGCUCCUCAGUCCGGACCCAACGGUCUCAUCAAGUGCACAGUGGCCCGCUCCGGUCAAAAGGCCCGCCUUUAG